UUUGUUUUAGUUGCCGCCUGCAUCUCGUACCACUCGCACGCCGCACAGCCCUCGCACACUCGCGCUCUCUCCGUCUCGCUCGCGCUCCACAAGAUCUUUUGUACUCACUUCACGAUGGGCAAUCCAGUGUGGUUUAUCUUCUGGCUUUUGGUCUUCUGGAUCAUCGCCUUGGCCGUCGCCUGCAUCUGUUCGUUCUGCUACAUCAUCGUCUAUUCACUGGUUGUGUGCAUUCCGGGCCUAUCGGGUAUCGCCGAAAUACUGCUGCAGGGCCUUCAGUUCCCGCAUUAUUGCGCAAAGGCCAUGAUGGAGUGCAAGCCCCCAUUCUAAUUACCUUCGUACUUUGUUAUUAUUAUUGUUAUAAUCUAAGUGUAAAUCGUUCGUUUUAUCAGACUUGUUUUAUUAAUGAUAAAUAAUAAUUAUUUAAUAUA